GCUCGGAGCAUUUUCGCUUUCGGUUUCCAGGGAUUUCCGAGAAACUGGUGUAAACCCGAGAACUGAGGUGCCAGGGCAUAAAGGGCAGGGGUGGAUCCUGUAGGAGUGGGGUAGGGCGGGAGGAAUAUAAGCGUCAGGAGCUCCCCGGUGCUCCCUGCGGAGCCGCUUCGUCCCGACCUUCUUCCAGGUGAAGGUCCUGGGCCGUGACAUGCCCGGGGAGCCUCGGCAGGACAGCUCCUGGCAGAGGGUGUCCUUGGUCACAGCAGCUUCUGUGACCAAAUACUCUGGAGCAGCCCAAGAGCUGGCUGGGAGAGUGAACCCUGAGAAAAGGACCUGGGAGAGAAGAGGCAUGGAAUUACUGGUAGGAGCUGCUGCUAUGGUUGGUGUGAAGCUGGUUGAGAAAUUCAUAGACGAGGCAUUCGAGCGUAGAAAAAAAGGAUGGAAACCAGAGGCCUCAAAGCCCCAGGAAUCAUGGAUGAAGGAGGACUUCAAGGAGCUCAUCCAACAAGUGAAAGCUAUGCGUGAAGAUCUCCAGAAAGGGCAGGAAUCCAAAAAAGGAUGGGAACCAGAGGCCUCAAAGCCCCAGGAAUCAUGGAUGAAGGAGGACUUCAAAGAGCUCAUCCAACAAGUGAAAGCUAUGCGUGAAGAUCUCCAGAAAGGGCAGGAAUCCAAAAAAGGAUGGGAACCAGAGGCCUCAAAGCCCCAGGAAUCAUGGAUGAAGGAGGACUUCCAGAAGCUCACGCGAGAAAUGAAAGCUUUGCGUGAAGAUCUCCAGAAAGGGCAGGAAUACACAAAUUGGCUUUUUCAGCUGCUCAUAGAAGGCCUGAACCAGGAACUAGGUGAGCAGGGCCACUCCCAAGCACUUCCAUCUCUCUCAACACCAAAGCUGCUCUACAGGCAAACCACUCUGAGAGCUCAUCCUGCACAGCUCCUCAAAGGGGCUGGAGAAGGACGGCCCUGACAUGGGGCACAGCUUUUGUGCUGCCUGACCC